AUGGACAACGAGUUCUUGUUAUGGUUCCUAGAAUCAUCGUCAAGCAGUGAAAGCUCUUCAUCUUCAGAGGAUGAAACCAGAAUAAUUUUUGAUGAUCCUUCAACUGAUGAAGAAACACAUGUAAACGUUUCCAAUUUUAUGGAAACUAUUGAUGCCUUCAGCGAUUCCGAUUUUCAAUCGCAUUUCAGGCUGAGAAGAUUAACCGCGGAGCAAUUGAUUGUAAAAUAUGCUCUAUCUGCUUUCUUUCCAUCACCCUCAAAUCAUGGAGUUAAACCAAAAAUUGAAGCCAGGAAGGAAAUAUACCUUUUUGUUUGGUAUAUAAGUAAUACCAUUACAUUUAGGCAAUUGGGCAACUUGUUUGGUAUGGCCAAAUCAACAGCAUGGGCUGCAGUUGGACGUGUGAGCAGCUGGUUAGUUUCAGUGGGACAUGAAAAUAUCAAGUGGCCUCAAGGAGAUGUUGUUGAACAAACUUGGUUCUCAGAAGAUCGGGAUUAUAUCAUCAAGUACAAGCAAACUUCACACGUCUUUUUCAAUCCAACACAUUUCUUUUGGGUGAUUGCCUACGCGGCUUCGAAUUGGAUGGUCCCACCUUAUAAGGACUACGGUCAAUUAAAUGAUCAACAAAAGAAUUUCAAUUUUAUUCAUUCUUCUACAAGAAUGGUAGUUGAAAAUGCCUUCGGGCUACUCAAAGGAAGAUUCAGGAGAAUAAAUAGGUUCACCGAGCAAAGAAACUUGAAUUCUGUUAAGAAAAUUAUUGUUAGUGCUUGCGUUUUGCAUAAUUUGUGCAUUCUCAACGCCGAUAACAUUAUUAUCAACGAGCCAACUCCAGCUCCAACUGAAGAACCACCGGAGGACAACAUCGCAAACCCGGAGCCUAAUUUACAUGGAAAUCGACGAGAGAGACUAUUCAAUCAACUUUGUCAAAUGAAUAUCCUUUAAUUAAAAGAAAAUUAUUAGUAUUUCCGACUUU